AUUAAUCAAACUGACCUGUCACAUGAACAGUAAGAUUAAGGUGACGAUACAAAAUCUUAAAUUUACAUUCAAUGCUGUGCAUUUCUACACCCGACACGGCGUUACAUUCUUGAAUCAAGACAUGGAUGGGACCAGCAUCAGGUUAAUUUGUAUAUCAACUUUGGUUUCCUUGUCCGUUUCAGUAAACACGACAAGUCCCCAUAAUUGCGGAAACACUACACUUACAGCGACAGACAUUCACCAAUACCUGCAGAGCCCGGGCUACCCUGGUGGGUAUAGGAACAACGAUUCGUGUGUCUGGACAAUAACUACAGAACUGGAUUAUAUGAGGGUUCAGCUGAUUGUUGAAGAUGACGGAGUUGAAUAUGGCCUGACGUGUAACCACGACUUUGGAAAGGCAUUUGAUGGUCCCUCCAUCAAGGCUCCCCUACUAGCAGCUUGGUGUAACGAAAAAACACCAGACGUCAAGAGCAGUGGACAAGUUAUGACCGUACAGUUUUACGCUGAUGCUUAUGGAACUUUCAGAGGAUUCAAAGCACAGUUCUUUCAAACUAACGAGAUUGACACGUGUGGCGGGAAUGUCGACGUCAUGAGUUUCCUUCCCAGAAUCCAAACACUGAUAUCUCCACGUUAUCCUCAUGGUUACGAAAGCGACAUGGAAUGUGUCUGGAUUCUCCAAGCAAUGGGUGGUACUAAAAUUCGGAUCCAAGUACUCAACACUAGUUUAGAGGCAACAUCCAGAUCUUCACCGAAAUGCCAUGACUUUGUGACGAUACAGGAUGGGCAAACAAAGUGUUCCAGUGAGCUUGGCCGGUUCUGUGGAUCAGAUACUCCCACCUUCAUCAGCACAGGGCCCUAUGUUAGGAUCGUCUUCCACUCGGACAAAAGCAUUGAACACCAUGGCUUCAGACUCCAAUUUGAUUCAGGCCUAUUUUAUUGUAAGUGUCUGUAUGGUUAUUUAUGUUGAUAUUACUUAUAAGGGCCGUAUGAGUUUAAAAUGUCGACGUAAUAUUGCAUACAUCAAGUGACAUACAUAUUGUGUUAUAUUGGCAAUUGUCUAUUUUUGUGUCUUCUUUUCACCUUACCACAUGUAUCAUAGUUUCUUUUGAUACUGCCUUCAUUACAUCCUCCUCCUUCUUUCACAUGAAAUUGAAUAAUUGUAUUUUUAUUUUUUCAUGAUCAACUUUUACAGGUACGCACGUCAUUGUAUAUUGCAUA